CAACAAUAACACAUAUUUUUGUAUUUGUACUAAUUAUUGGUGGAUUUUAUGUUAAAAUGUUUGUUGUAAAUAUUACUCAAUGAAUUAAGUAAUUUACGUGUCUUUUGUUACGUGUACGAUAAAAUAUAAUUCAAGAUGGAUGCAAAUCUUUCAUUCUUUAAAUUUCCCUUUGUAGAUGCAGAGACAUCAGAUUUGGAAUUCAAUAAAAUUAAACCGCUAGAUAGUUACGAUGACCUCCAAAGUACACUGCCUUCUCAUGGAAGUCUUUUAGCUAAUGAUGAUGUGUUAGCAGAGUUCCUAACAGCAGAUGGACCUCUAGAGGAACCAGACUUGAACGGCCCUACAACUUUACAUUGUGAAAUAUGUAGCAAAAAGUUUGACAAUGCCAAGAAAUACUAUGGACAUUUACGAGUUCACUCUAAAGAUAACCUGUGGAUUUGUGACAAAUGUCCAGAUGAAAAGUUUUCCACAAAACAACAACUAAUGAAACAUGGUCUCACACACAAGCCUCUGGGAUGGGUUUGGAAAUGCCCGCAGUGUACCAUGGCCUUUGAAGCACUUUGGAGGCUACAGCAACAUCUUUUUGCAAAACAUCUAGAUUACAGACCUUAUAAAUGUGAGCAAUGUGAUAAAGCAUUCUACAAACCAUCAGAUCUGAAAAAACAUAUGGAUGUACAUAAAGGUGUUCGUAAUUUUCCAUGUACAAGUUGCAGUAUGCAGUUCAGGGAUAAAUCUAAUCUUAAGCGCCACAUGCUAACACACACAAAUGAGAAACCAUUCUGUUGUUCUGGUUGUGGCAACAGAUUCAAACAGUUAGCAUCAAUGACAAGGCAUAAACGUUACUGUGCAUUGAAUAAUAGAAAUCAAAAUGAGAUUGUUGACAAGUCUGUUAGGAAAAACCAUUGCAGAGUCUGUGGUAUGACAUUCCAAUAUAAAAGUGCGUUACUUGAACAUUGCGUUAGACAACAUACAAACCAAAGUAAAGAACCUGAAAAUGAUGAGAAAGUAAUUGAUACAAACGCAGAUGCAAACAGAACAGUUGAUAAUAUUGUUGAUGAUAUUCUGUCUGCGGAAGAUGACUACAUGACUAUACCGCACCAAUCUAACUUAGCUUUUAAUAGUCAAUAUAUAACAGAUCCUUCCAAUGAUGACUAUUUGAUGCAAGUUGAGUUCCUUAAAGAAAUAAAUCAAUUACAUACAUUAGAUGAUGAACUACUUUACAAUGAUAUAGAUUUAGAAACAUUUCACAAUAACCAAGUAUUUAAUACUAAUAUUGAUAUAGAUUAUAAUACGAAUGAUAAAAAUGGAGAGAUACUAUUUGAUUUCACUGAAUGUGGUAAAAGUAUGGAUAAUGAUAUAAUAUCAGCUUUAUGUCAAGUGAAAAAUGAUUUACCCGAUGAAUUUUUAAAUGUUCCGGAUAUGAAUUUUGAUAGAGCAGAAAUAAAAGCACCGGAAACAGUUAAUGAAUGUGAAAAGAUAUUUGAAAGUGAUGUAGAUUUAGAAACUAGUACAAAUUUAGCAGCAAAUUUGAAACAACUUAUAGGAGAGAAUAGUGUACAAUAUAUAUCAUCGGAGGAUCAUGAUACGUUUAUAAUAAGUUUGAAUAGUGAAAUAGAUGCAGCUCAGUUAACUGAUAUGUUAAAUAUUGAUGUUGAAAAAACUGAACAGAAUAAAAUAGAUGAACCACCGAUGAUACCAGUUCCUAAAGAUAAUGUACAAGAUAAAAUGGAGUCAGUAUUAGAAAAAGAAGUAAAACCAAUAGAAUCAAUCAAAUUAGACGAAAAAGUUGAAGAUAUAAAAGAAAAAGAAAAGAAGAAAGUUACUUUUGUUUGUAAAAUUUGCAAGAAAACUUUCAAUAAGAAAGAUAAUUACAAAUCUCAUAUUGGCACACACAACCCGUCUCUGCGCAGACACAAGUGCUCCGUGUGCGGUGAGAGGUUCAGCUACAGGUCCACUCUCAAUAAGCACGUGUCUGCGGCGCACGAGCCCCGCGUCCUCGCCGCGCACCACUGUCCGCACUGCGACAACACGUACCGCGCGCACUGGAUGCUAAAAAAUCACAUAGAGCGUGACCACGAGAGACUGACGCCGUACGUUUGUGACGACAAGCAGUGCGGUAGAAAGUUCUACAAGAAGACUGACCUUGAAGUACAUAAAAGAUAUCACAGCGGAGAGCGGCCGUACGUGUGCGAAGUAUGCAGCAGCGCCUUCCAGCAGGUCUCACAUCUCAAGCGACACGCGCGCACUGUGCACAGGCACAACAAAGCUAAAAAAGCAUUAUAAAGACAUGGACGUCGCGUGUUCUUGAUGCCGGGAAUCAUAAAGAAUACUGUGAUAUUUAAAUUAUUUUUUCUUUA